AUGUGGUAUUUGGAUAGAAUUGUGAUCAGUUCGAAAUCGUUCCCAAUGAAGUAUUGGGACAAAUUUGUGCGAAGAAAGACCCGUCAGAAAUUCCGAGAUCAAGUCGAUGAAGAAACGCUAAACGCUGUGCUUGGCGAAGAACGUUCGGCUGGUGAUAGUUCAUUCGAUUAUAGGUACACUUGUUGGUUAUGGAUCGGUGUGAUCCUAACCAAUGGUCAGUUCUUGUACCGUGUCAACUAUUUGUUCUGUUCAGCGGCCGGUGUGUUCUGGUCACCGUUCUUUUAUGCAUUCCACCUGAUCGAUGUGGUACUAUCGUUCCCUAUGUUAAAAGCAAUUCUACAAUCAGUCACCCAUAAUCUACAACAGUUGAUUCUCACCAUUAUGAUGACAUUAGUGGUCGUCUAUUUGUAUACGGUGGUAGCAUUUAAUUUCUUCCGUAAAUUCUACGUACAAGAGGGUGAGGAGGGUGAAGAACCGGAUCGGAAGUGCCACAAUAUGCUCACGUGUUUCAUUUUCCAUUUCUACGCCGGUGUACGAGCUGGUGGAGGUAUUGGUGAUGAACUCGAAUCACCAUAUGGCGACGAUUUGGAGUAUCCUCGAAUGCUCUACGAUAUAUCAUUCUUCUUCUUCGUUAUCGUUAUUCUACUGGCUAUCAUGCAAGGUACUAUCGCCUCUCGUCGUAUUCUUGUGUCUCCUGAUUGA